AUGUCGAUCCUACAGAAAAUCGCUGAUAUUGAAAAUGAGAUGGCCCGUACUCAAAAAAACAAGGCUACUAAUGCUCACUUGGGUAUUUUGAAAGCCAAACUUGCCAAGCUCAGAAGAGAACUCAUCACCCCAAAGGGAGGUGGAGGUGGAGCUGGUGAAGGAUUCGAUGUAGCCAAAACUGGAGAUGCUCGUAUUGGAUUUGUAGGUAAGCCAGUUUUGAUAUCUGGACUAUACAUUUAUUAG